GAAUUUGAAGCGUUGGAAUCUCCGAAACCCAACAUCCAAAAGUAUCCAAAUAAUAGUAGAGUAGAGAGGCACCAUCUCAAUCUCUCUGUUAACACAAAAAAGGCAAUUGGAGAGAAAGAAUGUCGACAUCAUCAGUGAACUUAGAAGAUGUUCCCUCCGACAACCUCAUGUCUGAGCUUCUCCGUCGCAUGAGGUGUUCCUCCAAGCCUGACAAACGUCUUAUUCUCAUUGGCCCACCUGGAUCAGGGAAAGGAACGCAAUCUCCUAUUAUUAAGGAUGAAUAUUGCUUGUGUCAUUUAGCCACAGGGGAUAUGCUGAGGGCUGCUGUUACUGCUAAAACGCCUUUGGGCAUUAAGGCGAAGGAGGCUAUGGAUAAGGGAGAACUUGUUUCUGAUGACUUGGUUGUUGGGAUCAUAGACGAAGCAUUAAAAAAGCCAUCAUGUCAAAAAGGAUUCAUUCUUGAUGGGUUCCCUAGGACUGUGGUGCAAGCAGAAAAGCUUGAUGAGAUGCUUCAAAAUCGAGGGACUAAAGUUGAUAAGGUUCUUAAUUUUGCGAUUGAUGAUGCCAUCUUGGAAGAGAGAAUUACCGGACGUUGGAUCCACCCAGCUAGUGGUCGGUCAUACCAUACAAAAUUUGCACCUCCUAAAGUACCUGGGAUAGAUGAUGUCACUGGAGAGCCUUUGAUACAACGUAAAGAUGAUACUGCCGCCGUUCUCAAGUCAAGGCUGGAAUCCUUCCAUAGGCAAACAGAGCCGGUCAUUGACUACUAUGUCAAGAAGGGUAAUGUAGUGCAUCUUCCUGCCGAGAAACCACCACAGGCGGUCACAGCUGAAGUCAAGAAAGCUCUCUCCUGACGGAAGGAUGCCGCUCUUUUUUGUUGAGGAUUGAAAAUUGAACUCUGAAUUUUGGUUAACCCGUUAUAUUUCUACGUAACUGACUUGUCUAUUUCUCUUUUAUGGUACUAGCUGGCAUCAGUCCCUUAUGAACAUCACAAAAGUGUUGGUGAAUUUAUUUUUACUUUUGA